AUGCGUGUCAUUGAUGGGAAACCAGAAUAUACCGGUGCAUUUGAUGUUUGGUCAAAAGUGAUUCGUAAUGAAGGAUUUUUCGCUCUGUGGAAGGGUUUCACGCCGUAUUACUUCCGUCUCGGGCCGCACACCGUACUAACAUUCAUUAUUCUUGAGCAGCUCAAUGCGAUGUAUUACAAAUUUGUCCUGGGAGUUAAGCAGACCGGCAGUACGUUGUAA